AUGUGGAGGUGUGCCGAAUGCAGAGAUAACGCGUCUGAUCUAUCCGGCCAUACAGCUGUCCCAGAAUUAGCUGCCGGUUCCCGCAGUUCUUCUACUCCUCGGGUAUGUCCUGCUGACGUUGAUGCGGGGAAUGUUCGGGAGGAUGCGAUGGGCCGGUUGGUUGAGGUGGUACAGAGUCUUCGCGAAGCCGUCAAUUUCUGCUCGGACAAGGUGACCGACUUCGAGAAGAAGCUGAGUGGUUUCAGUGAGAUGGUUUCCAGGAUAAAGAAGUUGGAGAAGGAUAAUGAAUCUUUGAGGAAGGAGGUAUCUUUUCUCAAUAGCAAAUUAAGAGUAAUGGAACAACAAUCUCGUUUCAGUAAUAUAGAGGUUCAGAAUGUUCCCGAAAAAAAUAAAGAAAAUCUUAGAAAUAUUAUGGUGAAACUUGUUUCUCAUAUCAACGCUGACUUUAAUGUGGCAAUGAUAGAUAAGAUAUCGAGAGUUCAAUUUAAGAUCAAAAAUAGGCCAAAAAAUAUUGUUGUUAGAUAUGUCUCAAGAAUAAAUCGUGAUAAAUUUUUGAGUGCCUACAAAGCAAAACAGCAUGAUAAUGGCGAGCAUUCAGGAAUUUCUGUUCAAGGUGUUGCUGAUAGGAUCUACAUAAAUGAACAUCUGACCAUGGAAAACAAAAUCUUGUUUAAAGAGGUACGUUCUGCUGCGAGAGAGAAGUCCUAUAAGUAUGUAUGGGUUCAGAAUGGAAAUAUCAUGUUGCGGAAGGACGAUACAUCUAGGAAAAUUCAUAUUCACCACGACUACGAUUUAUCCAGUCUUUAG